UUUGAAGUAGUUGUGAAGAGACUAGGACCUCCAUGCUCUAGAUACCAUGAGACGGGUUUGUGACGAUUAAGAUGGUAAUUGUAAGUCACUCCAUUAAGAUGGUAUCAAGAUUAUUCCGAAUUCGUGAUUACAUAACUAUAAUCGAAUACUCCCUUUUUUUCGGCGGCGGGGAGGGAGGUGCGGGGAGAGGAGGGGAGGGGGUGGGGGCCAAUGUGACGCCAGGUGAUCACGCCGCUUUCUUAUCAAAGGGCGAAAAUCCAUGACCGGUUUGGGAAGAAUUCAUUGUUUCCAAUUGAGAAUGAUUUGAAGAUUUCCCCAUUCUCCUUCUGAUGGCCUAAGGGCCCAAUCCUAUGACCCUUGGGUGGUUUACUUUAUAAUAUUCUUCAAAUUGGUGAAAGGCUACAAGCCUAAAAGCUUCUUUUCUCACAGGUCAUUACUUUGUGAACAAUAAUCUUGUUUAGAGAUU